AUGAUGACUGUCGGCAACUUUAGACCUAGUCAGAAUUCAAGUCAUAAGCGGCAUAAGGGUGUUGGGCAUCUUGGUAAUCACUUCACCGACAAGGUUGUGAAGGACUCUGAUUUGGGAGACAACUGGAUGAUGACUGGGACAUGGGAGAGGCGCGCAAUUUCUUGCAAUUCUGACUUUGAUUUUCCCUCGAUUGAGAGAGAAGAACAAGAACCAACAGGAGAAACUGGCUGCUGCUUAGGAGGAUUCACCGAUUGGGGAAAAUACUUGUAA